AGCAUGGUGUCGUCCACUCUGGAUUUGGCGCUAGAGCGGCGUUAGUGUACGAGUGGCGGCAGACCUGUUAGCCUCUGGAUAUUUGGUCUAUCUCCUCUCCUUUCAACUCACCGUGGUCACCUAUUCAUGGACAAUCAUGUCUGACGAAGAGUCAAAGGUCCCUGAAGAACUUUUUAAAGAUGUCAAAUUCUACGUGGUCGGGGACAUUGAUGAGACGGUAGUUAAGCUGCUUAAAGCUGGGAAAGGCAAGGAGGUGUCUUACAAUGCCUUGGCCACGCAUAUUAUUGCAGAGGAUGGGGACAACCCAGAGGUUGGCGAGUCACGAGAAGUCUUUGAUCUGCCUGUGGUAAAGCCCUCCUGGGUGAUCCUAUCGGUUCGCUGUGGAGAUCUUCUGCCAGUUACUGGAUUUUCCCCAGAGUCCGGACAGAUAUUUUUUGGAGUAACAGCUUGUCUUCCAAAACUGCCUGAUGAUCUCAACGCUCUUUGGGCUUAUGUUACAUUCUACGGAGGAGACUGCCAGCUGAAUCUAAACAAGAACAUCACACACCUUGUGGUCAAAGAACCGAAAGGGCCCAAAUUUGAGUGUGCUCUGAAGCAUCCUUACAUUAAGAUUGUUACCCCAGACUGGAUCAUCGAUUCUGUUAAAGGCAACACCAGAAAGGAUGAAUUAUUCUAUCACCCCCGCCUCACCUAUAUGGAGCUUGAGGAUGAAGGGGAGAGUGAUGAGUCAUACGACCAGCGGUCCCGUUCUGAUGGAAGCAACAGCCCGCGGCCCUCACGCCCUUCCAGCACUGCCUCGUCCUGUGCUGAUUCUCCCGACAGCCCCCGCCGACGACCAGGCCCCAAAAAGCUUUCCUCCAUCACUUUCGCUUCAUCACGUAAGCCGGAGCGCGGGAGUGAGCGCAUGUUCGACGACUCGGACGACGACUCCCCCGCGGAAAAGGAGGGGCGCAACCUCAACUGGACACAAGUGGUCGCUCCUUCGGCGAUCGCGGCCACCAACGCAACCAGAAGACGCGGAGCGCCAGCUGGGAACAAAGACCCGGCCCCCCCCUCAGGCCAAGGGCUCGUCAGCCUGGGAACCACUGCUCCUUCUGUGCCUGAGAACGCCACUGCAGUGGAUGGAUCUUCUGCCGCUGCUCCACUCAGUCAAUCUACACAGCAAGGGGUAGUUUCAGGUUCAGAGGCGGUCCCAGAAUGGAGUCCGGCAGCAAGAACCCUACGGAAUAUCACCAACAACUCUGAUAUGCAGCAAGCCAGCCGACCCAUGACAGCCCCCCAUAAUCUGACUGGUGCUCAGGCAAAGCCAUCAGACCAGCAAACCAAUCGGAGCCAGGGUUCCACCCCCAACAGCAACAAUUCUCUACUUUUCCACCAAUCAAAGGUGCCUAGUGCGCCUCUGACAGCUGAGCUGCAACAACAGUUGUUACAGCAGCAGCAAUCACAUCAUGUCGCGCAGCAACAGCACCAUCAACAGUUGCCACAGCAACAGCAGAAUCCUAUGUUACACCUGAAGCAGCAACACCAGAUGAUGCAGCUUCCACAUCAUCAACCGCACCAGCCUCAACUUCCACAGGUUGUGCAGCAAGGGUUUUCACAAUUGCCCCAACAGCAACAACCGUUUCUGCAACAGUCACAGCAGAUCCAUCAACAACAGUUAUUUACUCAACAGCAGCAGCAACAGCAGCAACAGCAGCAACAGCAGCAGCAGCAGCAACAGCAGCAGCAGCAACAGCAACAGCAGCAGCAGCAACAACAGCAGCAACAACAACAACAGCAGCAGCAUGCCUUCUCCCAGCAGCACCUGCGUCCUCAGCAGUUGAUGCGGCCUGGACUUCAGCAGCUGCAGCAGCAACAAGCGCUGCAGCAACAACUUCAGCAAUUUCAGCAGCAGCAACGUAUGCAGAUGCUACAGCAGCAGCAGCAGCAGCAGCAGAACCAACAGCAGAAACAGUUGCACCAGCAACAACUGCAGCAGCAGCAGCAGCACUUCCUACAGCAACAGCAAAUGCAGCAGCAGCAGCAUCACAUACAGCAAAUUCAACAGCAUCAACAUCUGCAGAAUCAACAAGCUCUGCAGCACCAGAACCAACAGCACAACCAGCAGCAGCAGCAACAUUCACAACAACAGCCACUCCAAACAUCGUUGCCGCCUCAGCAGCAGCCACCGCAGAUAUCCCAGUUGUUUGGACAUGAGCCAGGCCAAGAGAUUCCAGAGGAUGGCUUCCUUCUAGGUUGUGUGUUUGCGAUUGCCGACUAUCCUGAACAGAUGGCUGACAAACAGCUUCUUGCAACAUGGAAGAGGGUUAUCCAGGCUUGUGGGGGGACCGUUGACUCUUCUCUUAAUAGUCGUAGCACACAUCUGCUCUGUGAAAGCCAAGUGAGCAGCAUGUAUGUCCAGGCACUAAGAGAGGGGAAGCGCUGUGUGACAGCCCACUGGCUCAACACCAUUCUGAAGAAGAAGAGGAUGGUUCCCCCUCACAGAACAUUGCACCUUCCAUUCGCCUUUCCUCCAGGAGCUAAACCCUGCUCUCAACAUAUUAUAUCGUUGACGGGCUUCGUGGAUACAGACAGAGACGACCUAAAGCUAAUGGCGUACCUGGCUGGAGCCCGAUACACUGGUUACCUUUGCCGCAGCAACACGGUCCUCGUCUGCAAAGACCCCAGUGGACUGAAGUAUGAGAAGGCCAAGGAGUGGAAGAUACCCUGUGUCAACGCUCAGUGGCUUUGUGACAUCCUGCUGGGGAACUUUGAUGCUCUAAGGCAGAUCCAGCACAGUCGCUACUCUAACUAUAACCACGCUGAACCACUGGUGCCUAACCAACUGCUUGUGCAUAAUCUACUUGGUGCCUGGCGGACUCCAGUCAAAGUCUCUGCAGAAGCACUGGCGAGCCUCAAGCUGCUUCAAAAACAGAGGUUGACUGACUCCCAGCCACCAAGCAAAAAAGCAAGGCUUGAGGAGAUCCAAUCACCCAAUCAGAAGCUCACCCCCGAGUCUACACCUCAUGUCACUUUCACAGGGUUUGAGCCCAUUCAGGUGCAACAGUACAUUAAGAGAGUACAUGCCUUAGGGGGUGAGCUCUCCGACAGUGUCCAGAAACCCACCCACCUGGUAGCUGGCCGGGUGACGCGCACCAUCAAGUUCCUAGCAUCCAUGUCUGUUGUCAAGCACAUUGUUACACCAGAAUGGCUGGAAGAAAGCUGGAGGAGUCAGAAGUUUGUAGACGAGCAGAGCUACAUACUAAGGGAUGCGGAGGCCGAAGUGCUGUUUGACUUCAGUUUAGACGAUUCCCUGAAGAGAGCCCACAGUACACCACUUUUUAAGGGGAAGUACUUCUACAUCACCCCAGGGAUCUGCCCAAGCCUCGGCACCUUGAAGGCCAUCUUGGAAAGCGCUGGUGGAAAGCUACUGCCUAAGCAGCCUUCCUAUCGCAAGAUCAUGGAACACAAGCAGAACAAGAACCUUCCAGAGAUUCUUCUUAUUUCCUGUGAAAAUGACCUUCACCUUUGUAGAGACUUCUUCUUGAAGAACAUUGAUGUACACAACGCGGAGUUCAUCUUAACUGGAGUUCUCACCCAGAAGUUGGAUUAUGUCUCAUAUAAGUUCACCUGAUGGCAGAAGACGGAUGCAAACAGAAGGAGAAAAUGUGUGAAGACAUAUUGCACUCCUGAUCUUCUUUCCUCCGAUGUAGAACUUUAAUUUGUAAUGUACAAUAUGUCAACAAUUCCAGAUUUAGAUUCCAUUUUUGUACUGACGAAUGUGUCAAUGGCUAAGAAGUCAUUUUUGUAGAUUUUGAGUGAAGAUUGAAUGGAUGUUAUUUUUGUGAAAUUGUCUAAAUUAUGUACAUUUUAAACAAUUUGAAAUACGAAAUGAUUCAAAGCUUUAGUAAACACAUGCUGCUUUUGAAAAUAAAAAUACUGUUAUGAAAAGA